AUGAGUGAAAAUAACGCUAAAGAAAUGUGGAAGCACCUCAAACAGGCGGCUUGUCUUGCAGAGGAUAACGAUGGUAUCAAAAAAGUUGUAAUAGAUGGUGUACUGGUUGAGAAUGAUACCGAAGUGGCUAAUAAACUGAACCUAUUCUUCAUAAACAGUGUGAUUGAAAUAAAUAGAAACAUACCUUGUUUUGACCUAGUAAUGAACAGUAGUCAAACCAACUGUAGUUUUAAAUUUUCGUAUAUAACAACCGCUGAAGUUAUAAAUAUUAUAAAAACGUUUAAAUACAAAAUUGGCGGACGAAAACUGUUAUCAGAUGGAGUACUGAAAGACUCUAUAGAGUAUUUAGGGUACUUCUAUGCACUUAUUAUUAAUGAUAGUGUGGAAAGUGGUAUUGUACCAGAACGGUGGAAAACGUCGACAGUGGUACCUGUCAAAAAAGUCAAAAAGACAAUACAACCAGAAGAGCUUAGACCAAUAAAUACCCUACCAAGUGAUGCCAAAAUAUUAGAAGUACAUGUCAAGAAUCAACUGAUGAUGUACCUCGAAGAAAAUAAAAUUUUAGUCCAACAACAAUCGGGCUUUAGGGAAAAACAUUCGUGUGAGACAGCCCUCAAUUUGGUGAUAGCUGAUUGGAAAGAAGAGCUAAAUAAUAAGAAUGUAGUUGUUUCGGUAUUCCUGGACCUCAAAAGGGCAUUUGAAACGGUGGAUAGAGACAUAUUACUAAAAAAACUGCAACGAAUUGGUAUAACUGGUACGGAGCUAGAAUGGUUUAGCAGCUACUUGAAGCAGAGAAGGCAACGAACUGUGAUAAAUACAGCGAUAUCGGAGGAAUUGGAAGUACCCAUAGGGUUACCACAAGGGUCGGUUCUGGCACCGAUAUUGUUCCUAAUUUACAUUAAUGAUAUUGUCAAUGCCGUCGAGGGAUGUGAAAUUCGACUCUUCGCCGACGAUGCAUUAAUUAUGAUAAGGUGCGGUGUCUAUAACUAUACGGACAAACGUGAGUACACUUUUAAAAUAAACUUCUGCGCGUCUUCAACUUAUGGCGAAUCAACAGCUAUUGUUAAAGCUCUUCAAAUUGCCAAAGAAACCGACUAUAACAAGAUACUAAUAUUUACAGACAGUCUAUCCGCUUGCAAACUUCUAGCCAAAGACAAGACCAAAAACCAUCUGAUUGCCGAAUGCCACAAACUAAUUCAAGAAGCGGACUUUUACAACGUGACCAUCAUUUGGACCCCUAGUCAUGUCGGGAUCUCGGGUAACGAGAUCGCCGACUCCUUAGCAAAAACAGCCGUUAACUGUGAUAACACUCUAGAAUCUAAGCUUACAAUCGAAGAGGCUUUAACAAGCAUACGCAACUCCAUUCACAACAAAUGGUAUGAAGAAUUUCUUGCCUUCUCCAACAACAAGCACAAUCUCUUUGCACAGAUCUGCACUCAGAAACGAAAAAAGACAUGGUUUUUCAAAUUUAAAAUUAACCCAAAAUAG